CAAAAUCCAGCUGUGGCGCUUCUGCUUCACUCUGCUGCGCACUCUGAAUUUCAUCAUCUCCUUUGCUCGUCUGCUAAAUUUUUUGCUAUAAAAUUCAGAGCCUUAAAUUUUAACGAAAACCCAAGCUAGCUAGCUGCACAGAUCUCAUUUUCUCCGCCCAAAAAAGAAACUUCAGAGAUGGCAGCUUCCACUAAUCUCGUAUCUUGUUCCUUUCUUCUACCACUACUACCAGUGUUGUUCUCCUUCUUUUCCACCGCCGUCGACGGCCUCACCGUCGGCGUCCAGGCCAUCGAUCGCCCCGGCGGCGUCGUUUUGAGCAAGGAAUGCAGCAGGAAGUGCGAGUCGGAGUUCUGCUCCGUGCCGCCAUUUUUGAGGUACGGGAAGUACUGCGGGCUGCUGUACAGCGGGUGCCCAGGGGAGAAGCCCUGCGACGGGCUGGAUUCCUGCUGCAUGAAUCACGACCUCUGCGUCCAAUCCAAGAACAAUGACUAUCUGAGUGAGGAAUGCAGCCAGAACUUGAUCAACUGCAUGAAGAACUUCAUCAAGUCAGGCGCACACAGCUUCAAAGGCAGCACCUGCGAGGCCACCGAUGUCGUCGAUGUCAUCUCUGUAGUCAUGGAUGCUGCCUUGCUUGCUGGGAGAUACUUGCACAGGCCUUGAUUCAGACUAAGAGUUCCAUAAACAGCUGUUACUAUUGUGUAUAAUCUUUCCCCUCCACUGCAUUUUGUUCCUCUUUUUCCACAAAACUUCCCACAACCAUGUAUAGAUGUGAUAGUUACUGAUGCUAAACUUCUUUUGUUGUGCUACUUCUAUACUUUAGUGCAAUGCAAAGAAACACAAACUUGGUUCUGCUAAUCCUGCAAAAAAUCCUUCUUUUUUAUGGUUUGGGAUCUUUAGUGGAAACAGG